AUGCAGGCUGCAGCCAUGGCUCCGGACGGAGACGCCGUCGAAGCGGCAGCCACGGCGUCGUCGCUCAUCUUCCUGGGAACGGGCUGCUCCGGAGCGCUCCCCGACGUGCGAUGCCUCAUCCAACCGUCCACGCCGCCGUGCGCCACCUGCUCCCAGGCCCUCACCCUCCCGCCGGAGAAGAACCCCAACUACAGAUGCAACACAUCCCUCUUGAUAGACUAUUGCGACAACGAUGGCACGCAUAAGUACAUUCUAAUUGAUCUCGGGAAGACCUUUAGAGAACAAGUUCUCCGGUGGUUUGUUCACCACAAAGUUCCUUCUGUUGACUCGAUUAUUCUGACUCACGAGCAUGCGGAUGCCGUCUUAGGUCUUGACGAUGUUUGGCUGGUACACCCAAGCAACCAUAAAAAUGAGAUUGAUCAUCUUCCGGUUUUCCUCACACAAUUCACAAUGGACAGCAAUUUCCAAGGACAUGCUCGUGGUUGCCAUCUUACCCUUACAGAGAGUCUUGAUGCUAUCAAGACGAUAUGCCCAAAGAAAGCUCUGCUAAUUGGGAUGAACCAUGAGUUCGAACAUCAAAGAGAAAACAACAUUCUGGCGGAACGGUCUGGCAGAGAAGGAAUACCAGUACAACUAGCCCACGAUGGUCUAAGAAUCUUCAUUGAUCUGUAA